AGUUAUUUUCUCCACACAAUAGUAGAGUGGAGGAGAAGAGUGAGUAGGAACAAGAGUUUCCUUCGCAAGCGGAUGGCCAUACGGUGUCUACCUGAACCCUCAUUCUUUUCAUCCUAAAGUUUUCUUUCUUUCGCACUUCGCAAUAAGACAAAACGCAUCGCAUUGAAAUCCAAAUCCCAUAACCCCCGGUAUCCAUGGAUUCCUUCCAGCAACAUCACAGCUACAUGAGACCACCGCAACCGCCACCUCCUCCGCCGCAUGCGGCGGAUCCCCACCAUCACCCGCACCACUUUCACCAGAUACCGCCGCCGCCACCCCAAGCUCCCUGGUUGUCCUCUCAAUUCCAAUACCACCCUUCGCAGACCCCUUCUCCUCCGCCACAGUGGCAGCAACCACCACCGCCGCCGCCCCCUCCUCCUCCGUCGAACGCAUAUUCGUACCAUCCAAGCCGGUUCCCUCCUCCUCCGCCUCUCUCUCACGCACCUCCUCAUCAGUUCACCCCUCACUCCCACAUUUCUCAGCCUUAUCCUCAGGAUUGGGGCAAUCCAAACUUGCCACCUAAUCAGGGAUAUCCAGCUCAUAACAAUGAAGAAGAUUGGGCUGCGAAGGCAAGAGCUUGGGCAGCUAAGGCUGCCACAGAAAGUCAGCAUCCACAAACACAUUUUUCACCUGCUGGAACAUUGCACGAACAAAAUCACUAUCAUGAUCAGUACCAGCAAUCGGUUGACUCACAUUAUACUGAUGUGCAAAACCAAUCCCAUUCAACAUCAAGCUAUCAACAAUUUUCCUACUUAGAUACUUCUGCACAGCGACUUUCAGGACAUUCCCAGGAUGCUGUACCUGUCAGUUUGGAGACAUCUUAUGCUCAAGAUGGACAUUCGUACAGUGCUAGAGAUGGGACCAGCAUUAGAGAUUCAAAUGUUUCAUUUGAACAAGGGAGCAUGCAAGCAAAUCCAUCAGUUCAUCAGCAGGAGGUACCUUCUAGUUAUAGUUCUGUUGCAGGUAAAGAGGCUGCUGAUCAGAUUCAACAAUCAUACUCAGUCUUCCCUUUGUCAAGUUCAUCAUCUCAAGAACGUCAUGUGCAACCAUCAAUGCAUGCACCGCCUUUUGCGUCUGGCAGCCACUCAGUGGACUCGACUAUCAGUCUUGCUGAUCAACCAUUAGAUUUUGCACCAAGGUUUAAUCGUGAUAAUGACUUGCAGAUGCAAUCAACUUAUAGCCAUCAUGAUUCAAGUACUUCAAUGAAUAACUGGGCCGCUCAAGUUGCCCCUGGUGUUGGUUAUCCACCAAUUCUUGCCUCUGGGCCACAGCUUGACCCUUCUAUCUCCACUCCUGGUCAUGUGGCACCACCAUUUGGAAGGUUUGCUGGACCCAGCCUCCCUUCAACCAUUCCACCAAGUGGUGCACCCUUUACCCUUAGCACUGGAACUGCAAUUCAUCCUCCUGCUUUCUCUGCUGAUGCAUAUGGGGUAUCUAGUGUUUCUGAUCGUCCUAAGAAGGCUUCAGUCCCAAACUGGCUUAGAGAAGAAAUAAAGAAAACAGUCAUUGCUGCUCCUGCAGAGAAUCUGAAGGAGGAAGCUGCAUUUGUAAAUGAUGGCAUUGACAAGCCGUAUACAAGAGGCGAUGAGACAGAUAGUAAAAGCAUGGAUUCAUCUAGAUCAGCGGAGGAUGAAGAAGAUGAAGAGGAUCAAGUUGAGGUAGCUAGAACUGCAGCAAUCAACCAAGAAAUAAAAAGAGUCCUGACUGAAGUUCUUUUGAAGGUUACUGAUGAAUUGUUUGAUGAAAUCGCAACAAAAGUUCUUGCUGAAGAUGAUCUUACUGCUGAAGUAGGUCACAAGGUUGUCACCUCAAACCACAAGGCACCUGCUUCUCCACCCUCAGUUACGGUUCCUAAGGCAUCUGCAAAGGUUUUAGUUCCAGUCAAAGAGAGGGUAGAAAAUGAUGGUUCCAGUGAAAAAUCUAAUUCUAGUUCUCCUGGAGAUGUUUUAGGUCUUGGAAAUUAUGGUUCUGAUGCUGAUGAUGAAGACAAUGAAAUUGAGAGUUCCAGUGUGCCAACUCCUGCAAAAGAUGCUGCUUACCAUUCAGGGAUUAAGCAACCUUUGGCAGAUACACAUGAUGUAUCUGUUAAUGGCAUUUCACAACUUCAUGAGCAUAGUAGAUAUGAAACUAAUUUUGUGAAUGCUCAGAUCAAAACCAUGUCUUUGCCAUCCAAUGAUUCUGCUUCUAAUCAAUUGCAUGAUGACAAGGUUACUAGAGCAUUCGAUCUUUCACAUUCUUCCAAAUUAGUGCCUGAAGAUCUUAGGGAUAACGGGUUUGAUGCCAUUCAAAGAAGCCAUGAUAGAUUUAAUGGCUUUAGUUCUAAAGAUACUUCAGGGAUACCAAGAUCUGAACUGCUUGGAAAGAGCAUUGGUGGGGAAAAAGCAACAGAUGAUCAUUCAGGUAGGGAAAGCAGAAGAAAAUCUGAAAAAAAUGAGCGGCCUGACAGGAAUACUUCUGAGAAAGACUUUGUUAAGGAGGUAAACAGUAGUAAGACCAGGAUAGAUGAAAAAGGUCAUGAGAAUCAUAGAAGGAAGGAUGAAAGAAAUCAUAAAAGGGAGAAAGCAGAUUAUGGUAGUGAGUCAAAAGAAAGGGUGAAAGAACACCAUUUCCGGCACUGGGAAAAGGCAAAGGAAUCAGAUUCAAGGAAAAGAUCCUCUCAUGUUGAUGUCAAGGAUGAUAAAAGGGAAGUUGAAAAAUCCCAUAGAGGUAGUACCACUGAUGAUACAAGCCGGAAAAGGGAGCAUACAAAGGAUAAGGGGGAACAUAAAUCAAGGCAAAAAGAUGCAAGUAAUCCUGACAGGCAUAGGAGAAGACGUUCAUCUUCAGUAAGUAGUAGAGGUAGAACCAACAAGGAUCGUGUUGAUCAUGCUGGUAAUUCAAGUGAAGGAUCAGAUGUCUCAAAAAGGAAGAUGCAUUCAAGAAAGCGUGACUUGUCACCGUCUCCUGUCAGAUCUAAAAGAAGACAACUUUCGCGGUCUCCUCAUAGCAAGCGUUCUCAGCGCAGGCAUUCUCCCUAUUCUUCUCUUGAUUCUUCCAGGGGAAGGAGGUCAAGAACCAGAUCACCCGGAUCUCAGGUGGAGCUAUGGUCAGUUUGGUUAUCUGGGUUUGUCUUCAUUGCUCUCUCUCUCUAUGCCACUCAGAGAUUACCUUCAUUGAAGGAUCAUAGCAGAGCUUCCAAAGAUGUUAUAUUGGAUUCCACAAGUAUUACAAUAUUCACAGCUCCAAAACCCUUUAAGGGCUCUACUGGGACCAAACAGACACUUGCUCUUAGGUCAUGGCUGGCUCUGUCUCCAUUCGUUACUGUUGUCUUGUACAGCCAAGAUCCUUCCGUCGCCUCUUUUGCUGAUGCUUUUGAUUCCCGGGUUUUAGUUGACACUAGCAUCGAUUUUACCUUCCUAGGUACUCCUUUUUUCCACUCUAUGAUUGCAAAAUCACGCUCAUACACAUCAGAUUUAUCUGUUAUCGUUGACCCUGAAACCAUUAUCCUUUCUGGAUUCAUCUCCACCCUAAACCAUGUGUAUCAACUUGAUCAUGAUUGGCUUCUUGUUGCUUCAGUUCAAAAUGUUUCUUCCUUCCCAUUCCAUUUGGAUGAGUCUGGGAAACAUUGGCAGACAAGUAAUGGGAAACGGAUGAAGAUCCAGCAGCUGCAGAAAAUACUUCAACAGAAUGGGCGGGGGAAACGUUGUUAUACAAGAAUGCUGAUGGUGUGGAACAGCAAGGAUGUGCCUCUACAUGAUGGAGUUCUUCCUCCUUUCUUGUAUGGUAAAGGUGUACAUAACAAUUGGGUGAUUCAUGAGGCAAUGUCAUCUGAGUUCAGAUUUGUCUUUGAUGCUAGUUUGACCAUCACAAGUUUCUAUUUGAAUGAAGAGGAAGAUUUUAGCCCCACAAAAGGAAAUUCUAGUGCUUUAGAUAUUGAGAAUAGAAAUUGGGAGUACAUUGGCAAUUCCCAUUUGGGGGCAAACUAUGGAUCAUUCUUCUAUAGUGAAGAUAACUCUAACCUGGUCAAACUUUUGAAGUGCAAUAAACAGUACAUUAUGGUUGACACCAAGAAAAAUGCUGUUUAUUCAAUUGGGCACCAGGGUGCAAUAAACCUGAUGAAGGAAAACUAUUUUCCAUCUUGGUUAAAGGAAAAUACAAUGUAUUGCAUUGAUCGUCAGAAACCCCAGACUGCAUCAUUUGAUUGCUCUGUGAAGGCUCAGAUGAAAAUUCCAGCAACUCUGGAGCUUCCAUUUUCCUUAGAACCACUCCUGUCUAUCACUGCAGACAAAAGUAAAACAGUUAUAGUUACCGUUGCUGGAUAUAGCUACAAGGAUAUGCUCAUGAGUUGGGUUUGCAGAUUACGAAAACUGUUUGUUAAAAAUUUUGUUGUGUGUGCCCUUGAUCAGGAAACUUAUCAAUUCUCCAUUUUGCAGGGAAUUCCAGUUUUCACUGAUCCAACAGCUCCAAGUAACAUCAGUUUUGAUGACUGCCACUUUGGCACCAAGUGCUUCCAAAGGGUGACAAAGGUGAAGUCAAGAAUUGUUCUAAAGAUUCUCAAGCUAGGUUACAAUGUACUUCUCAGUGAUGUUGAUGUAUACUGGUUCAAAAACCCACUUCCCUUACUUCACUCUUUUGGCCCUGCUGUUCUUGCUGCACAGUCUGAUGAAUACAAAAAACAAGGACCAAUAAACCUACCUAGACGCUUAAACUCCGGCUUCUAUUACGCUCAUUCCGACACUCAGACAAUUGCUGCUAUAGAGAAAGUGGUAAGACAUGCAGAAACUUCUGGCUUAUCAGAGCAGCCAAGCUUCUACGACACGUUAUGCGGGGAAGGAGGAUCCAACCGCGUUGGUGACAGCCAAUGUGUGGAACCUGAAACAAACCUAACGGUACAUUUCUUAGACAGAGACCUUUUCCCAAACGGGGCUUACCAAGAACUAUGGUGGGAAAAAGACGUGAAAGCAGCAUGUUUGAAGAAGGGGAGUUACAUCAUCCACAACAACUGGAUCAGUGGGAGGCUCAAGAAACUCGAGCGACAAGUGUUGUCGGGUUUAUGGGAGUAUGAUCCUGGCACAAGAAUGUGUCUGUGAGAUGGUGAAACAUUCAGAGAGCAUAAUAAUAAGUUUGAAGUGCAGGCUAUGCUGAAGCGUGUGGUUCAUUCGUUAGGCCGGGUGGAACAUAGAGAGAAAGGUUCCAGAAGGAAGAACCAUCAGAGUGAAAGGGUCCGAUCGCCGGAAUCGUACUCAAAGUCGAGAGAUUUUGCUGUGAGGAUAACUCACGCGGGUGGACAUCAGGAACUGUAUAGACAUGCAGUUCCUGCGUCUAAGUUGAUGACAAAGUAUCCAGGGAUGUGUGUUGCACGGCCAGAAGUGUUCAAAGUGCCUCAUGAAUCGGUGUUAUGGAGAGAGGAGGUUCUGGUGCCUGGUCACAAGUACAUCCUGAUCUCUUUUAAAGACGUGGAGAAGUUGAAACGAAAAGUUUCAGAGGAAGAGACGAGCAAAGAGGGUGAUGGGGUGGUGCUGGAAACAAAGACCAGGUCUCCAAAGGAGAGAGUGAAAGUGGCAAAUGGUGUAGCAGGCCAUGAGAUGCUGGAUACAAUCAUCAAUGGUGGAAACAGUCACAGAGGGAAUGGGAAAAUGAAAGAGCCAAAUGGAGUUGCAGGCCAAGGGUUGGAAAAAAGGACAAGUCUUUCUCCCAAAGGACAAGGGAGCAACAAUAUUGUGAAAGAGGGAAUUGGGCUAGGCGUAGAGAAGGUGGAAUCAAAUGUGGAUGGUUGUUUAGGUGAAGGAGGUGUAGAGGACAGUUUUUACUCUGCAAAGGACUUCUAUGGCCGUAGGGAGAAGUCCAUAACCCCAAGACCUUCAAGACGAAAAGGAAUAAAAGGGAAGAAGCCUUUUGUGGCACCUCUUCCAAAGCCACGACCAUAUCGGAGCUUGGGAUGGCAACCUAGCCUCCCAACUGUGAAGGAACUCUCGCCAUGAUUUUGUGCUGUAGAGCUCUUAUUCUAUGGCACUUGCGUGCCAUUGAAUCACUGGUUUUUCUUCAGGAUCUAUGGAUAGCUGUUACACCAUUUUAAUAAAAUCAAUACAUAAUUCCCACCUUUGUUUUUUUAAUUGUAUUGUUUCCUUGUGCAUAAGGAACUUUGGCAUGUGUAUUAGACAGAAGAAGAAAAAAUAUGAGCCCUUUGCAUAAAAUUAUUGCUAGCAUUGGCGGAACUUCUCACAAAUCUAACAUCACAAAUGAAAUUGA